GCCGCAACACAGUCAAGAAUGGACUCCGACGAGGAACACGCGAAAACCCUAACGCCGACGGAGACGAAAGACAAGAAGCACAAGAAGAAGAAGAAGAAGAAGAAAGACGAGCUCGUUAAGGCGAAGAUUGAAGUUGUGCGUGAAGAACAGGACAAGAUAGGACCAGUCGUUGGGUAUUUCCCUUCCGGAUUCGAUCCAAUUAGCGAUGGCGCCGCCGCGACGGGGUUUCAUGUUUACAGGAACAGGAGGACGAAGAAGAGGAUGCAGCUUGUGGUUGGUUCCCCUUCCUCCCCCGUCGAAUACGUCGGAACUAGCUAUGCCGGUGAGGCCGCCGCCGGGCACUCCUCCAUGUAUGCCAUUGGUGUCUUUGAUAAGGAAAAGGGAACGCUCAAGGUUGUUCCCGUUGCUGCCAACAAGAUAUUUAGAUUGGAACCUAAAGUUAAAGCCUUGGAUGCCGUUGACAAGGAGCCUGCUACCUCAACAGUGGAAGAGCUGACUCCCUUGGACUGGGCAGCGAAGCAGAGGCAGAUUACUAAUUUGUUUGGAACAAAGAAGGAAAUAACAAGGACUAAAAAGAGGUUAGCUCUCAAUCAAGAUGAUGAUCCUGAAUCACAAAAGAACCUGGAUGUGAAGAUGGAAAAUGUUGAUGUAAACAAAUUGGCUCUUGAAGGUACUGAAUCUCAAGUUGCCCGCAACAUACCACCAUGUAAUCUUUCUGCAACCUCGCCGCAGGAGGCAUAUGUAUUGGAUCAAAUCAUCCUUAAAGGAGAGUGGGGUUACCUUGAAGACAUUUAUUAUAUUUUGUUGAAGGAAGAAGAAGCUGACUUCAGUUCUUACCCAACUUUUGUUUCCAACAGGAUUAAUAAAUUAAAGAAUAUUAAGGAUGAUUCAGAAAAGAGGAAACACUCAUGCAUACUGUCAUUCAUCAGUCAUCUUGUAACGUUCAAAGAACAGAACUCUUUCAGGGAUAACUCCACCAUGAAGCGUCUGAAGAUCCCCCACAUUCUGCGUAAUAGAUUCUCGGCAAUGUUUGGCAAUACUUCUGGUUCUAAUUCAAAAUGGCUGUCUUCUGAGAAGAUUAGUCUUCUCGUUUGUUAUAUCCUCGUGCUGACUCUUUUCUUUGACGAAUUCGAGACUGACUAUUGUGAUAUAGCAAAGGAUCUGAAGAUGAGCCAACUGGUGGUGAAACAACACUAUGAGCAUUUGGGUUGCAAGGUUAAACGUAAGAACAAUGUCAACCAUGCCACACUUCCCAUCCCUCUUAAAUUUCCUGGUGUGCGUCAGAGGAAGCGAAAACGUUAGAUGGAGGAUGGGUCGCUGUCGGAGUCCAGUUGGUCUGCCGUUCUCAGUGCUUGCAGGUGUCAAAAGGUUGCUAUCCAUACUCGAAGGUUACUUAAAGUAUUAUAUUAUUCUGGGCUAUUUGAACUAUGUUUGCUGUUUUGAUUGUGAAAGAGGUGAUUUUGAAGUUACCAUCACACAUAGAUAUAGUGAAAACUUAUCCAUGAAAGAGUAGAAUCAAGAUCAGCUAGAUCAAUUUUGGGGAUUUCCGGUUUCACUUUAUGUUAUGAAUUCAAGCUUAUAAGAACCUCUGUAAUCUCAUCAUGCUUGACAACUCUUGUAACCAGUAUUAACCACUCAUGCUUAUCUCAUUGUGCGCACCAGCCCUCAGCUAAAUGUUUAUCUUGGAUUUAAUUGACUAAUACAGUAACCCUUA